AGCUAACCUAAUUAGAAUAUUCGUUUUGUUGCUGUAAACAUUCUUUUUGCUUAACAAAAAUUAUGUGUUUUUAGUUUGGUAUUUAACAUUUCGAGCAUGGACAAUUACGAGAGAAAACAGAUUAGAAUAACUGAUCUAAAUUUAGAUUGCCUUCUCCGCAUCUUGGAGUAUUGCAGCGAACAGGAUUUGUUAAAUCUUUGUCGUGUCCAUCGAACUCUACGCAAUGUGAUUGAGCAGAACAUUUUCUAUGUGAAAACCUUGGACUCACUUAUGUGCGGUCAUCGAAAUUGUCCGAGGAUAUCACGAAGGACCUACAAUUCAAUUUCCUACGGCACACGCCUGAACAUAGCACGCAAUUGGUUACAAGGUCGAUAUCGCGAGUACGAGUACUAUCAUCACGCGCAAAUGUUUCCCACCAAACUGCUGUUGGAACGUAAUAUACUAUAUGUGACAUAUAUGGAUUAUUUGCGUGUAUAUGGACGGUCCAAUAUUGAACCGUUACAAAGGAGAUGCCAACAAGAAAUCUGCACAAGUUCACGAGGUGACAUUUCAAGCUUCACAAAAAAGCGUGACACAAUAUUUGCUGGACGCGUUACGGGAAAUUGUUAUAUUUGGGAGGAUGGUUAUGGAAAUGAGCAGCAACUGCAUAGCGCCAAGGAGUAUUUGCAUUGCGUAGAUUUUGAGGAUGAUUUAUAUGUAACCAGUACGAAUGUGUGCGCGAAGUUAUGGCGGCGCACUAACGAGUUAGGAUUAGUGUACUUAGAACAAGUGGGGGACUUGCCGCAAGAAUACAAAGUUUUAAAGCUAUCCGAUGGCGGCGAACGGUUGUUUGGCGGGCUGUACACCGAUGUAGAUAGUCACGCACUGCGUGAAUACGAUGUAGAAACCGGAAAAGCAACUGUACUUAAUUCCAGAACACUCUCUAUAUACGAUUUACUUAUUAAGGAUGAACACGUAUUAUUCACAGGAAAUUUCGAUACCACCUGCCGCAUGUAUGAUCGACGUUCACAUCGUGAUGAAGCCGUGUUUGAAGAUCCUUUCGAUUCAUCCUUUUAUUGCAUUGAAUAUGAUGGCUUGUAUGCACUUCUGUGCGGCACAAAAUACCAUAGUCGUGUGAAUUUAUAUGACAUACGCAUGCCAAACAAAUAUCAACAAUUAUACUUUCCACGUCGCAGUAGAAGAUCGAAAAAUCAAAGUUCUCCCGUAUAUAGUUUAGCCUGUGAUAAUCGUUAUCUUUUCGUUGCAACGGAUCACAAUUUACGAGUCUUCGAUUUCAAAUAUAAUUGUGAAGAAUGUCGAGACUAUCGCGAUAUAUUCAGUGACAAGCGCCGUAUGACCGCACUUAAAUUUUAGAAAAGAGCUAAUUAACUCAUGAGUAACAUUCUUAUUUUUCUUUCUACUCAACUAACAGUUUGGGGUUAGGGAUAUAUAAAAGUAUACCUUAAGGUAAUAAAAUAAAAGUUGUAUGUUUAUAAGUUAUGUUAUAUGUUAGAGCAGUGUACUGGGUAAAUUCUCUUUCCACAAGACGCCUCUAUCAUUCCUAGAGAAAAAAAAAUGUUGGUUCUUAUGCGCCUGCGGUAAAAAAUUUACCCAGGAUGUUACUUAAGGGUUAAUAUUCCGUUAAUGGAGAACAGAAGUAUUUUACGCAAGUCAUAUUAGCAAAGUAAAAAUUACUGCCUAGAAAUAUCUGCUGUCGCGUUUUAUACGGUUAAUAGAAAGGACGAGUUAGGAGGACGCGAAGAGCUUUACAUUUCUUUGAGGUUAUAUAAGAAUUAAAACUUGCACCAAAUUUAAAUGAUUUUAAAAAUUGUAGGAUUUACUAUUAAUCGCUUUUAAAUUAAUUGCAGAAACCUUUUUGACAGGUGCACUUACGUAUAGAAAGUAAUCUAAGCUAAAUCAAGCAGAGGAAUAUAUUUUCAAUGUCUUGCUUUCGUAUUAAAUAUCGGUUUUAAGUUGCUUAUAUUUUUAUUGCAAAACUGCAUAUUUUAAACUAGCAGUACCUUAAAAGUAUUGUUUUAGAAACAAACAAAAAAGAAAUAAAUAAAUGCACUCCGUCGUUGGAUGGAUUAUUUCGUUGCCAUUUGCAGUUCAAUUUGUGCAAAUAUUUUGUUCAUCAAUGCGGCGUGUUUUGACUGCCCACUUUUUUGUUUUUGUUAAAUGUAAAAUGUAAGUACUUGAGUAGGAGAAUAAAAGUAUAGAAAGCUGUAGUACUGCUGAUUAAAAAGCUUUUCUUAGUUCAGAUUACGAAGAGUAAAGAACAAAAAUGGCCUAAUUCGGAGUAUUUUUUAUGAAAAAGCAUAUGUUGUGCCAGCUUACUAUAACCUAUUUAAAACAUGUUGAACAUCAGUCAUUAUGUCAAUGUCAGCCAACGGUGGGCCCAAUAAAUAAGCUGUUUUGAGACGGAGGGAUCAGAGGAAGGGGGCGUUAUAUGGCUAGAUUUAAGCUGGCAUUAUUAACGAUACCAUUAAAUUUGUGUAUGUUUCUCGCUGUUCCCUGUUAGUUCGCCAAUUGUUUUGCGACCCCCACACUCUAUUUUUUUUCUCUGCCAAAUCCUCCCCGUCUUUCAAUUCUUCUUUGUAUCAGCAGUUGUAAAAUAUCGUAUUUGUUGCCUCUGUUUAUAUGUCCGAAAUAAGCGAAUAUUCGUUUUUUCAUGACCGUUAGCACAGUUAUAAUUGGUGUGCCAUCGAUUUGUAUUCUUAAUUGAAGUUUGACCUCUUUCGUCCAUUUGGCAGAUAGGGAGGGUGUAGUGCAGUGCAAAUUGUUAGGUUCCGUGUAGGGAAAAGAUGAGAGAGAUAACGUUUUACCAUUGUAUGCAAGUAAUCAAUGACAUUGUCGUAUGGCAAUAUUAAGCAACCAUAGGCACAAGAGAUCAGUGAAAUUUCUUUGGAUGUUUCACAGUAGGGGGUCCCUUGUGGGACCGUAUCAGGCCGUUUUGAAAAUCAUGGUUCUAGUACAAAAUACUAAAAUGGCAAAUACUUUUCAUUAAAAUUAUGAAGUGGAAUGUAAAAAAUAUUCUACUUAUAAGUCUUUCGCAUUGCACUAUUUGAUCGAUCAAGAUAUUUCGAGCGAAAUUUCGAUUUUUCAGUUCAUUUAAGCUAUGUUAUACAUAUAUUUUGUGUCAUUAUUUUAUAAGUUAAUAAACAAUCGAAUGUAUGUAUGUAAAUGAAUAAUAAAAUUUUUUUUUUAUUAAA